AUGACCCUCAAGGGUGCGACCACCCAAGCAUGUGCCGCCUGCAAAUACCAACGCAAGCGGUGCACCCCUGACUGCACCCUUGCACCACACUUCCGACCCGAACACCCACUGGUCUUUAAAAACGCACACAAGCUUUUUGGUGUAAAGAACAUCUUAAGAAUCCUCCAACAAAUCCAACCACACCACAAAACCGAAGCCAUGCGGUCCAUAAUCUAUGAAGCUAACAUGCGAGACCAGUUCCCCGUUUACGGUUGCCUCACUGCAAUCUAUGACCUUCAGUACCAAAUAAGACAAGCAGAGGAGGAGCUCCAUGAUGUACUCGCUCUACUUGCCUUUUGUAAACAGUGUCAUCAAAAGCAACAUGCGACAAACUUGUCCCAUGUUGUAUCCCAUGAUUCUUUACAACUUGGCAUGAAUGUAGUGCAACCAGAUAAUGCACCACUCACAUAUUGUCGACACACUGCAGCUCUUGCUCAUGAAAUCAUACACGACAAUGAGGAAAUGUUCCCGGUCUUUGAUAAUAUUGAAAACUGCAGUCAUACAUAG